CACGCCGACUUUCCGUGACACAAUCACGCAAGAUUUAUCGCUAACAAAACUCGUAACACUAGUGGAGGCAAAAAAAUCGCAGCACGAGAAAAAAAAAGAAAAGAAAAUCCCCACCACCACAUCCUGGUCUAGGGUUUGCGCCAUCCCGAAGCAUCCGCUCGCCGCCGGACGCCGGCCACCGCUACCGCCAUGGGCUCCGGCGACGACGAGCGCUCCACCUCAAAGCACCACCACCGCGACAAGGACAAGGACCGCGACCGCUCCUCGUCUCGCCACCACCGCGACAAGGAGCGCGACCGCGACCGCGAGCGCGAGCGCUCCUCCUCGCGCCACCACCGCGACGACGGCGACCGGGACCGGGACCGGGACCGCCACCACCGCGACAAGGAGCGGGAUCGAGAGGAGCGGAAGGAGCGGGAGCGGGAGGAGCGGAAGGCGCGGGAACGGGAGGAGCGGGAGAGGGAGAAGGAGAAGGAGAAAGAGAAGGAGCGGGCGCGGCGGCGCGAGGAGAGGGACCGCGAGGAGCGGGAGAGGUCGAGGCGGCGCGGGGAUGCGGAUGGCGAGGAGGACGACGACCGGGACCGCAAGCGCCGCCGCCGGUCCUCGCACCACCACCACCACCACCGGGACCCGGAGCCGGCGUCCCGGGAGGAGGAGGAGGUGGACGCCGAGGAGGCGGAGCGCCGGCGCCAGCGGAAGAAAGAGGAGGACAUGGAGGCCGAGCAGCAGCGCCUCGACGACGAGAUGGAGCGCCGGCGCCGCCGCGUCAAGGAGUGGCAGGAGAAGCGCCGCGAGCAGCAGCAGCAGCAAGAUGGCGGUGGAGCUGGUGGCGCUUCUGCUGCAGCGGCGGCUGAGGCUGAUGGCGUCAAGGUGGCGGGGAAGAAGUGGACCUUGGAUGGUGAGGAGUCUGAUGAGGAAGGUGACAAGGAGGAUGGCAAGAAGGAUGAGGAGAAUGGCGGCGCUGGUGACAUGGAUGUGGAUUUGCCCAAUGGGGAUGGCGAUGCCAACGGUGGUGCUGGGAUGGAGGAGGACGAAAUUGAUCCGCUUGAUGCCUUCAUGAACUCUAUGGUGUUGCCAGAGGUUGCCAAACUGGAGAGUGCUGCAGCAGCAAUGGACACCACCGCGCCUGGUGCAGGUGCAGAUGACAAGAAUGGUAAGAGCUCAAAGGAUGUCGUUAGUAAUGGGGAUAAGAAAGGGUCAAGGAAGGCGAUAGGGAGAAUUAUGCAAGGGGAUGAUUCAGAAUCAGACUAUGAUGACGCUGAUGAUGAUGGGGCUGGAGAGGAUGAUGAGGAUGAUGAGGAAUUCAUAAAGCGCGUCAAGAAGACGAAGGCCGAGAAGUUGGCAAUUGUUGACCAUUCUAAGAUUGACUACCAACCAUUCCGGAAGAAUUUCUAUAUUGAGGUGAAGGACAUCUCCAAGAUGACAUCCGAGGAAGUGGUAGAGUACCGGAAGCACUUGGAGCUCAAGGUGCAUGGGAAAGACGUGCCCAAGCCAAUAAAGACAUGGGUGCAGAGUGGGCUGACAAGCAAGCUCCUUGACACCAUCAAGAAGCUUGGUUUUGAGAAACCGAUGCCUAUACAGACACAGGCUUUACCGAUCAUAAUGAGUGGGCGUGAUUGUAUAGGCAUCGCAAAAACUGGAUCUGGCAAGACUCUAGCAUUUGUCCUCCCAAUGCUGAGGCAUGUUAAAGAUCAGCCCCCUGUUGUCCCUGGAGAUGGCCCUAUUGGUCUCAUUAUGGCUCCUACUAGAGAGCUUGUGGUGCAGAUACAUUCAGACAUUAAAAAGUUCUCUAAGGUGCUUGGCAUCAACUGUGUUGCAAUCUAUGGAGGUUCGGGAGUUGCGCAGCAGAUCAGUGAAUUGAAGAGGGGUGCCGAAAUUGUUGUUUGCACGCCGGGAAGGAUGAUUGAUAUCCUUUGCACUAGCAGUGGAAAAAUAACUAACCUUAGGAGAGUGACUUUCUUGGUGAUGGAUGAAGCUGAUAGGAUGUUUGACAUGGGUUUUGAGCCUCAGAUUACUCGUAUAGUCCAGAAUACCCGGCCAGAUAGGCAGACAGUACUUUUCUCUGCCACAUUUCCACGUCAAGUGGAGAUACUGGCACGCAAGGUGCUUACUAAGCCUGUUGAAAUUCAAGUGGGUGGGAGGAGUGUCGUGAACAAAGAUAUCACACAACUGGUUGAGGUGCGGCCAGACACUGAGAGGUUCUUCAGGCUGUUAGAGUUGCUUGGUGAAUGGUAUGUUAAGGGGAAAAUCCUUGUUUUUGUUCACUCACAAGAUAAAUGUGAUUCUCUACUCAAAGACUUGUUCCAGCAUGGGUAUCCAUGUCUGUCCCUUCAUGGCGGCAAAGACCAGACUGACCGUGAAUCAACUAUUGCUGAUUUCAAGAGCAACGUCUGCAGCUUGCUGAUUGCUACUAGCGUUGCUGCUAGAGGUUUAGAUGUAAAAGAACUUGAACUGGUUGUCAAUUAUGAUGUCCCUAACCAUUAUGAGGACUAUGUCCAUCGGGUUGGUAGAACAGGGCGUGCUGGUAGAAAGGGCUUUGCCGUGACUUUUAUUUCUGAGGAGGAGGAGCGAUAUGCACCAGACCUUGUUAAGGCUCUGGAACUCUCUGAGCAGGCUGUUCCACAGGACCUAAAAGCCCUGGCUGAUAGAUUUAUGGCUAAGGUGAAACAGGGAACAGAGCAGGCCCAUGGUACAGGCUAUGGUGGUAGUGGUUUCAAGUUUAAUGAGGAAGAGGAUGAAGCACGGAAGACUGCAAAGAAGGCUCAGGCAAGGGAAUAUGGUUAUGAAGAGGACAAGUCAGAUUCAGAUUCUGAUGAGGAAGGGGGAGUGCGUAAGGCAGGAGGUGACCUAGCAGCACAAGCUAUUGCCAAUGCUCAUGCAGCAGCUGCUUUGGUUGCAAACAAGGCUGCUAAUAAUGUUAAUCAGCAAAUACCAGGAUCUGCGACAGUCCCCUUGAUUCCUUUACUCGCAGCAACAAACCAACAAAAUGAUGAGGCCACUGCUCGGGCACUUCAGGCUGCAAUGAACUUACAACAAAAUCUGGCUAGGAUACAGGCCCAUGCGGUUCCAGAACACUAUGAGGCUGAACUUGAGAUUAAUGAUUUCCCACAGAAUGCCCGUUGGAGGAUCACUCACAAAGAGACACUGGCCCCUAUUCAGGACUGGACUGGUGCUGCUAUCACUACAAGGGGAACAUAUAUUCCUCAAGGAAAAAUUGUUGGUGCAAAUGAGCGCAAGCUCUACCUGUUUAUUGAGGGCCCGACGGAGUCGUCUGUGAAGAAGGCAAAAGCAGAAUUGAAACGUGUCCUUGAGGAUUGUGCCAACCAGGCACUUAAUCUUCCUGGAUCUGCUCAAACUGGAAAAUAUUCUGUUAUUUGAGUUGCAGAGUAUAUAACAAAUUUGACAGAGUAUUUUUUAGAAGCUUAUGAUUGUUUGCACACUGCAAAGCCAUCGGUGGAUUGCUAGAUGCACUUGCUGUCGGAGACUUUUAUUUUAUUUGAUACUAUUUUAUAAGGCAGCUAUGGUUACUUAAUGUCACAUGAUUAUUAUGAAAUUGUCGGGGUAUUUUGGCAAUUUCUACUGAUGAGUUUUCAUUGCCUUUGGACAGAAGGCUUAGAACACUGGCGGUGACCAAGUGCUAUAAUGCGAAGGAGAAGGCGGCCAGCUUUCUGGUGCGGUUUUGAAAGUGCUGGUUGUGUUAUGACACCUUGAAAACUGAUCUUAUUAUUUGCUUGUUUAUGGAUAAUGUUCCCUUUUUAUGAGAGGCAAUACAAAGUUUGUGUGACUAUGGUCUAAUUAAUCCAGGUGUACGUAUUGAUUUGCCUAUUGGGAAGCUGAGAAGCUAUAGUUUUCUCUGUUGGUUUGGUCCUAUUUACCCUUCAUUAUUUGUGUGCUCUGUUUAGCGUUUUUUAUCUGUUUAAAAAGGUGCAGUGAUGUUCUUGUUUUGGUCUUCAGAUGCACUGUUCUUACUGUUGCAAGCGGAGGGCACCUUAGGUAUGUCUAUGAGCUGCAGCUGGUCUUGGUGGUGGCUGAGGUGGCCAAACUUCUUGCUCAUAUGUGUUUCCAUGCUGUAACUUUCCUUUUCGAUCUUAUCGUAUGAAAAGGGGUGCUUCUUAGGAAAAAUAGAGGAACUGGUAAGAUUUGGCUUGGUUUCCCGAAACUUAAGAAAAUGUGGAAUUGUGCAUGACCAUGGGGCAGAUUUACCUUUC